CCCACCACGCCACCAGUCGGAGUUCCGACUGCAAUAUAAAAUUCAUAGACAUGUCCUCGUUCUGAGUCAGCUGACAAACCCCCAAUACUUUCAUUCCGUCAUGGCAGCAUUAUCUGAGGACAUCGACGAUGUUGUUAUCCGUGAGGUUGCGCAGGACGUGUGGUCAAUUUCCCGACCUUUCACAAUUUGGAAAUUUGUACCAGUUGGUGGCCAUUCUGUCGCAAUCAAACUCAAGAGCGGACACGUGUGGCUUUUUGCGUGGACGCCUCUAACAGACUUGACCAGAAGCAAAAUCGCCGAACUUGGCGAAGUCAAAUACAUCAUUGCUCCCAAUCCUUUCCAUUACUACUUUUUGAAGUCUUACAGAGAUGCCUUUCCCGAUGCAUUGGUCAUUGAAGUAGAUGUAUUGAAUACAAAGUUGGCAGUCGCGGGUUGGCAGUUGGACGCCGUGAUCACGGCGGAAGCUCCGAUGACCAGCUUCGGGUUUGAGGAUGAGAUUGAACAUUGGACCUACUCUGGUUUCUUCUCAGGCCACAAGAAUCGGGACAUGGCCUACUAUCAUAAGGCAUCUAAGACCGUCAUCUCGGCAGACUUAUUGGCAAACCUCCCACCCUCUGAACAAUAUGUUCGGACAAGAACGACUGAAUUCCAUAUCUAUAUUGUAGCGCAGCUGAAUCUUGGAUUAUGAAAGUGUUUAUAUGGCUCAAGGAAGAUGAUUUCUCAACUAUGCAGCGCGAUGUCCACAAAGUGAUUUCGUGGGAUUUCGAGAAAUGGAUCCCUUGUCAUGGAGUACGUGGUAUUUGUGCGAAUAUGAGCACAGUAUACCUGGGACUCAUGAAAUACUUAUGCGCAAAACGUUAUCGAGUCACGCUCGAGACACUUUCAAGGAAGCGUAUGGCCGAUAUCUCUAGCCAAUUCUCGUGAAUCGACUGAUGGACAUUGGACAGCAGUAAGAUUUUGACCUACUUGAUUCCUCAUUCUGAAAUAUAUGCUUGUCCAUGUC